AUGAACAAAUUGCCCUUAGAAGUUGCUCUCUUGGUAUCAAAUCACCUCUCUCACCGAGAAAAGCAAGAGGGCGCACUGACAUGUCGUUCAUGGUGCACUUGGUUUCGGUCCAAUGGCUUGUUUGAAAAGGUGUCGUUGCAUGCUGUCACCGAGGAUUCUGCUGAUUCUCAUUCACAAUACCUUCCAUUGCUGCGCUUCUUUGAAGGCACUUACGGCAAGUCCGUCGUAGUCUUGUCAAUCAGUGUAAAUACGAUGAAGCUGGAAGACUUUGCUCGUCUGCCUCACAUCUUUCCCAACAUCACAACAUUGCAUUGGGUAGGAGACAUUCCCUUGAACAAUAGCAAGGAUAAGCAAACCUUCGAGAUGGCUGUGUCAAAAUGGCGACACAUAAAAACGAUUGAUGAUGGUAGCAAUCGCCAUCAGAUAUCAACUGCUUUGCUAAAAGAGACAUCCACUGCAACUCAACUUGAAGAUAUCAAACUGGUUUAUCCACAAGAUUCGAACGAUUGUGUGGAAUUUAACUUGGAAAUACCUCUUCAUUUAGCCUCGAACGCUCAUUCAUUGACAGCAGUGAACGCACCUUUCAUAAUAUGUACUUUAGAAAACAACCGCGACGCCUUCAAACAAUUUACUACUUUGAGGCUGCUCAAUUUGGACGAUCGCAAUGAAGAUGGCGAUGAUACUGCUUACGACUACCAAGGGGAUAUAGAUACCGACGAUAGGGGCUACCUGAGCGAGGAAGAGCAUUGGAGACAAAACGAAGCUGCAGAGCUUUCAGCACUGAUUCCAAAUGUUCAACAUCUGGAGGUUACUGUCAACCCUUUGACCUUUGGGGCCUAUAAUGGAGUAAGAUGGCUGGGGUAUUUUACUAGAACAUUUCCAAACUUGGUUUCCUUCUCCUUCAGUUAUCCAGACUUCAUGUAUCCAGCAUUAUCAAGUACAGAUCUUGCGGACGAUUACUUAUUUAUGCAUAAUCGCUGGCGGCUGAAAAAGUACAGUAUGCAAUUUGACCGUAUCUCUCGACCCACCUUGGAAGUGAUGGAAGAAUACAAGGUCGCACUUGAAGAUCUGACAGUAUUCGUGGAUGGACAAUCGACAGAUCAGUUUGUGUUUCUGAAAGAAUCCAGUCAGACAAAGAGCCUCAAGAAAUUAACCAUAAACGAGAGAGAAAAGUACGUCUUCAAUGGCGUGUAUGGCCAUACCAUGUUUCAAUUAAUGGAACAAAUUCCUCAGUUGGAAGUGGUCGAGAUUGACACCUUCCGUGGCUCACUAUUGCAGCACAAUCCCACAGUAAUUGUGUCCAUUCUAAACAGUGCCCCACAGAUCAAAGCACUAAAAGCGCCAGCUCUCAUGUCUCAGUCCAGCGGUGAAAAUGCUCUUGUUUACCAGCCUUGUGAACUUGUGCAUUUGGACAUUUCUUACUGCCAGUUCAAGCUCACCGUUCUUGGAGCUCAAAACAUCAACCAGACAUUCAGGAAUAUCUUGGACAAGUGCCCUUCGUUGGAGACGUUUUCAACUCAAGUCAAUGCCUACAAAGACGAAGCAAGCACUGAUACCAACAUUGCGCUUGUCUUCUCUUUCACACACCAGCCAGACAUGAAGAGAAUUCACAUAGAGUCUUUGUACGAAACGUAUUUCAAGUUCAUCGUCAAUGGCAAGGCUACAUAUUAUCAUCAAAAGCAUGGCGACAUGAGACGUCCUGUACCAAAUGUUGAUGAGACUAAAGUGUACAUACAAAUCGAGGCUCGCCAUGCCUCCAUCAUCGACACAAGUGUAAUGUCAGAGACACCGUAA